AUGGACUUUGCUGAAACCCUUUUGGCUUUGUUCAUCAUCGCGGUCGCGGUCGUCUCGCUGUUGUCCAACUUGUUGGUGCUGCUAUGUUUCAUCCACAGCACCGAGAUACGCCGACAGGUGCCCGGCGUGUUCACCAUGAACUUGUCCUUCUGCAACAUCCUCAUCACUGUUCUCAACAUGCCGGCCACGCUGGUGGGGAUUAUCAGGGACCAGCAGCCGUUCGGGGACUGCGUGUGCCACACGGUGAGCUUUCUGGAGACUUUCCUGACCGCCAACACCAUGCUGAGCAUGGCGGCUCUCAGCAUCGACCGGUGGAUAGCGGUGGUGUUCCCGCUCAGUUACUCCACCAAGAUGCGCUACAAGGACGCGCUGAUCAUGGUGUGCUACUCGUGGCUGCACUCGUUCACCUUCUCCCUGACCGCGCUGCUCUUCUCCUGGGUCAACUACAACCACGCGUACGCGUCCUGCACCUUGCAGCCGCGCGCGCAAGAAGGCGGCGACCGGAUCAAGUUCGCGGUGUUCACGGUGGUGUUCCACGCCACCAGUUUCAUCCUGUCGCUGCUCAUCUUGUGCUUCACCUACUUGAAGGUGUUGAAAGUCGCUCGGUUUCACUGCAAGAGGAUUGACGUUAUCACCAUACAGACUCUUUUCCUGCUGGUCGACAUUCACCCGAGCGUCAAACAAAGAUGUUUGGCGGAGCAAAAGAGGAGAAAGCAGAGAGCCAUAAAGAAGAUCAGCAUCUUCAUCGGUUCCUUCAUCAUCUGCUUUGCUCCUUAUGUAAUUACAAGGUUGGCCGAGCUCAUUCCCUUCGUGGACAUCAACCGCCACUGGGGAAUCAUCAGUAAGUGUCUGACGUACAGCAAGGCUGCCUCCGACCCCUUUGCCUACUCCCUCCUACGUCAGCAGUACAAGAAAGUCCUGGUCACCGCCGUCAACAGGCUGCUGCGCCGCGACCUGUACCCCUCGUCCGGCCACAACAGCUCUUUGGACACGGAGAACGACUACUGUCUCCAGAGGAUCAGCUAA